AUGGAAGGUUCUGUUCAUGUUGUGGACCUCUCCAAUCUGCCGCAGCUGAGGGUGCUGAAGCUGAACCGUGUUGGGGUGAGAUGGGGGGCUGCAGUGAACAGGAGGUUGUGGUGCCAGGAGCAGUUGGAGCAUGUGAAUCGGCUGGAGCUGGAGCUGGAUGAGCUCGAGCAGCUGGGGCAGCUAAAGUUGCUGGAGCAGUUGGAGAUGCGUCUGGGCAGUGGCGAUGCAGAGCUCCCAAUCCCCUUGGUUUCCCUUCCUCGCCUGCGCACCUUGCUGAUUGAGGCGCCGGGACUUUCGAGCCUCCCGGAAAACAUGGCAGCAGCGUUGCCGGAGCUACGGCAGCUGGAGCUUCUUUCGUGGUCGCCGGAGGAGCUCCCAGGAAGCAUCAUGGAGCUCCCCUCGCUGACUUCACUCGAGAUCCACGCUCCUCAUCUUACUUCGCUCCCUCAAAGCAUUGUUUCUCUGUCUCGCCUGCGCAAGCUGCAGCUGGCUCACUGUGAGGCCUUGGAGCGCCUCCCGGAAUUUCUGACCCAGCUUGAACGCCUGCAACAACUGGUGUUACGUGACACCUCCAUCACAUCCCUUCCUGCUCAAUUCGUGAGUAAUGCCUGCUCUUCCACCAACAUCCUCGCUGUUCUAUUUGUUUUCUCCCUCCUUCCCUGCUCUCCCCACUUGCUCUCACCCUUUUCCCUCCACCAUUGCUUCCCCCCUUGCUCUUCCGGCCCUUUCUCUCCCCUCUCCUCUCCCUCCCUCCUUUCCCCACUCCCUUCCCCCACGCUCCUCCCACUAAGGUUGGCACCACCGUCUCUCCCACCAACACCCUCCCAACUCCAGUUGUUUCUCCCUACCCUCACUCUUCUCUCCACUUCCCGAUUGCUCUCCUUCCUUCCUUCCUUCUCCCUCCAUUCCCCCAUCCCUUACCCCCAUCUCCUUCCCCCCUUCUCUUCCCCCCUUCUCUUCCCCCCAGCCCUCCCCCUCCGUUUCCCCCACUUCUCUCUUCCCUACCCCUUCUCUUCCCUGCCAUGUUGGUACCUCCUGCUCUUCCACCGAUAUCUAUGCAAAGAUUCUCGUCAGAAACAGCGCGACGUCAAACCACAUGCCCAGGCUGGCAGCGCACGUGAUUGGCAAAACGAGAAGAACGCGGCAGCAAGAAGGCUCAUCAAGCCUCUGACCAUCUCCACGGAGCAGCUCCUGGCGAAUUGGGGUUUGAGCCAAGCGCAUGUUGAUGCGUGGGAUGAGGAGAUGGGGCGGAAGAGGAAGGACAGGGGAGGGGGUGCUACUAGUGGUGGGGCACAAGGGGGGAUGGGGGUGGGAGGGAGUGGUGGGGCGGUGGGUGCUGGUGAAGGUGUGGGGGGUGCUGGUGAAGGAGUUGGGGGUGGUGGGGGAGAUGCAGCAGGGGAGGGGAGCGGUAACAAGCGUAAGAUUGGGCAAGCAGGCAUUUUGGUGGGGGAAGAGAACAGGAGCGCGUUGAAGAGGUUCCGUGAUCGAGUGGAGGAGAUGGUAGAUAUGGAGUGGAACGACGCCACUGCUUUCGCCAACGGUCGUAACUACGCCGACGCUGUUAAGGACAACGAGCGGUGGGGUAACACGCCGCGUAACACCGGGUUUCGCAUUGGCCGGUGCUUGGACCCGUUUGCUCCUCUCAAGCCCGGAGAGAUGCUUCCAGAGCAUCUGAGGACGGACCUUACCCCGGGUGAUCUGAGGCGCCGCAGGGAAGAGCUGUUUGGGCUGCAGGGCUUUGACUGGGGCGCGUUCCGGGAAGAGGCUGAGGAGGAGGAGAGGAGGAAGGGCGAGGAGGAGGAGAGGAGGAAGACCGAGGGAGAGAGGGCUGAGCGAGAGGAGGUUGAGGGGGAGGAGGCUUCUGAGGGUGGUGGGGAGGCGGGUGAAGACGAGGGGCCUGACUGGGCUGCACUGAAACAAGAUUCUUUCUCGAGGGUGGGCGUGGUGGUUGGUACGCUGGUGGCAGCCCAUGCUCGACGCUUGUAA